AUGAGUUUUAUUAGCUUUCGUUACCAUGGCACCAUUAACUCCAGCGCCAGUUGCAUCCUCCCCGAUCUGCUCCUCCAGUAUGCCGAGGAUUUGCUGAUCAACAUCGUAUAUGCCUCCUCCGGAGGUUUUGUCUCCAGUCGCCUUUCCAAGCUCACCAGCCAGCCCCUCAGCCACCCCCUUGGCCGCGUCGAUCUCCGCCGCGAUGGUGGAGUCCUUGGAGGUGCCGACCUUUGUUUUGUCGGCGAGCCAUUCGAGCUCUGUGGCGGCCUUUCUGGCCCUGUCGGGGAGUUGGUUGAGGAUGAGAUUGAUGGCGGAUUCCAAGUUGCUUUUAUCGUGCUGAUUAGUGUUGUCACCAAACAAUUCCGCAUUAUUUCCAAUAUUCGUGUAUAUGCUCGCAACAUUAAUGCUAGGAAGUUGCGUAUCAAGCUGCUUGGCAAAUGCGUUGCAAAAGCUUUGAACAUUUUUCAAAUGCUCAGCGGGUUGUCCCGUACUGCUGUCAACAAAUAUCAGCCCACCUGUAGCAUAUACGUUAGCUUCAAUAAGUUUUAA